GCAAAAUGACUGGGGCUGCCUGAUGUUAUUUGAGAAACAAUUCUUUCACAACAGAUGGCGUCAACAGUCCAUGCAUAUAUAAGUAUCAGAAUCUACGAAACUUGUCAUCUCAACUUCAACACUCUAAGGUUCAACAUGCUUUUCAUGCUAGCUCUGUUGACGAUAACAACCUCAGCGGUCAACACACUGCCCGUGUCUCAGGGAGAUUCAGGCGGACCUGGCGCUGUCGGGGUUCUGGUUGGAAAGAGAGAAAUGUCGGCUGCUAAACGGGACUUCUGGAGCGAUCUCAAACACGACGUUGAAAACAUAGCUCACGAGGUCGGACACGCAGUGGAGGGGGCGGCAGUGACGGCUUUGACAAGCGCUGCAGUCGGGACACUGGUUGGAAAGAGAGAAAUGUCGGCUGCUAAACGGGACUUCUGGAGCGAUCUCAAACACGACGUUGAAAACAUAGCUCACGAGGUCGGACACGCAGUGGAGGGGGCGGCAGUGACGGCUUUGACAAGCGCUGCAGUCGGGACACUGGUUGGAAAGAGAGAAAUGUCGGCUGCUAAACGGGACUUCUGGAGCGAUCUCAAACACGACGUUGAAAACAUAGCUCACGAGGUCGGACACGCAGUGGAGGGGGCGGCAGUGACGGCUUUGACAAGCGCUGCAGUCGGGACACUGGUUGGAAAGAGAGAAAUUUCGGCUGCUAAACGGGACUUCUGGAGUCAUCUCAAACACGACGUUGAAAACAUAGCUCACGAGGUCGGACACGCAGUGGAGGGGGCGGCAGUGACGGCUUUGACGAACGCUGCAGUCGGGGCUCUAGCUGGAAAGAGAGAAACCGAUUCAAGUUAAGAGAGACUCCAGAGCCGGUAACGAACAGUAGAUGUUGUUGAAGCCACCUACCACAGUACCCUAUCGAUCUUUUCUAAUAAACAUGUUUACACAAC